UCAAACAACUUUAAAACACGAUGUCAACUGUCAACUAGGUAAUAAUAGGAGAUAUGAUAAUAUUUCAUUAUUACUAAUUAAUGUUUACUCAAAAACAAAAUUGAAUAAAAAAUGGUUUGAAAAGAUAGAAAUGGACUACUUUAGGAGUGGAUUGAAAUCGGUCCUGGGGGCUUCGCCUCCUGGCACCCAGCCGACAGGCCCUGAAACAGUAGAAAGACUCGUCAGUAGGGUAAGCACAUCAACUUUACUUGAAGAUAGACGUGAUGCUUGCAGAGCCCUUAAAGCCCUCUCUAAAAAAUAUAGACUUGAGGUCGGUGCACAAGGACUGGAUGUUUUGAAGCAGGUUUUGGAAUUGGAUCAUAGUGAUUUUGAAACUGUAGGUUAUUGUUUGGAUACCUUAUGUAAUAUAACGUCAAAGGAAAUAUUUGAAGAAGAAAAUGAGUCGAUGAAUAUGCAAGUGAAUGUAGGAGAACAGUUUACGGAGAUGUUUUUGAAAAAUUCAGAAAAUGUUGCACUAGUUUUGAGGUUCUUGGAGGAAUAUGAUUUUAGAGUACGGUGGCCUGCAGUUAAACUACUGAAUUCUCUCACGUUAUCAAAACCGAAAGAAAUACAGGAUAUAAUUUUGGUUUGUCCGAUGGCUGUUUCAAAGUUGAUGGAUUUAUUAUUAGAAAAUCGUGAAGUCAUAAGAAAUGAUGCUCUAGUUUUACUUAUCAAUUUAACCAGGUCCAACGCUAAUAUACAAAAAAUAGUUGCAUUUGAAAAUGCUUUUGACAGAUUGUUUGAUGUAAUAAAAAAUGAGGGUUGGACUGAUGGAGGAAUAGUAGUGGAAGACUGUUUUCUUCUUUUGUUGAAUCUUCUAAAGAACAAUGCUAGUAAUAUAAACUUCUUCAAGGAAGGCUCCUAUAUUCAGAAACUUGCUCCAAUGUUCAAUUUACCUCCAAAUUUAGAAGAAGUGGGUUGGAGCCCCCAAAAAAUUUCCAAUUUUCAUAGUGUUCUGUGGUUGGUGCGAACCUUGGUUUCACCUAAUAAUCCAGCACAAAUAAUUACUGCAUGUCAGAAAGAUAUGCGUAAUACAAAUUUAUUGGAGUCUUUGUGUGAUAUUUUGAUGGCUAGUGGAGUACCAGCAGACAUUCUAACAGAAACUAUAAAUACUGUUGGGGAAGUGAUUCGAGGAAACCUAACCAACCAGGAGUAUUUCUCAAAUGUAUUGGCUCCUUCAAAUCCGCCUAGACCAGCAAUUGUAGUCCUGUUGAUGUCAAUGGUGAAUGAAAAGCAACCUUUCACAUUGAGAUGUGCCGUAUUAUAUUGUUUCCAGUGUUUUUUAUUCAAAAACGAGAUUGGUCAAGAACUUGUCGUUCAAACAUUGCUACCCAGUAAUACUGGAUCUGGAGCUCUCACUACAGGACAAUUGUUAUGCAGUGGUUUGUUCAGCAACGAUCACUUGAGUAAUUGGUUUUCAGCUGUAGCUCUCUCACACUGUUUAAUAGACAAUCCAGCACAAAAAGAACAGUUACUGAGGGUCCUCUUGGCUACAAAUUUGGGAGCACAACCUGUUAGCCUUCUCCAUCAGUGUGGUGUAUUUUUACAGCACACCAGCAACCUGCAGGCCAAAAUAGGAAUACUAAUGUUGAUUGCUAACUGGAUGGCAUAUUCUCCUCAAGCUGUUAAAGUAUUAUUGAAUGUUUCUGGUGCGAUGGCUUAUUUGACAGCACAAGCGUCAGCAAGCGAAUAUGACAAUAAUGAAGAAAUUUUGCAGGGUCUUUGUGCAUUUGUAAUGGGUCUUUGUGUUGCUUUCAAUGACAACUCCGUUCAAAAUUACUCAAAAGAAAAUUUGAGCCAACUCAUUGAAAAACGAGUUGGAAUUGAAACGUAUUGUAAAAAAUUAUCUGAAAUUUCCCGUCAUGAAGUUUAUGCCAAAGCAGCGAAACAACCCCAAAUCAGAGCCAACCAUUCCAGUGAAUUAUUAUUAGAAUUCGAGUUUUGUAAAUUAUUCAAAGCAUUAGAGGGUGUUAUUAUCCAGUCUUUGGGAGCACAGAGAGAUUUAUCCAAUGGAAUUUCGGAACUUAGUUUGAAUGAUCAUGAAAAUGCCUUGCUUCUACAAUACAAGGAACUGAUAAGAGAUCAAGACAAAAAAAUUCAAGAACUCCAAAAAAACAUCAACAACUUGACCAAACAGAAUGAGGAUUUGCAGGAACGAAUUCAAGAAUUGGAAGAAACCAACAGGCAAUCGGCAGAUCAGAAUACUCUUCUGAAAGCUCAACUUGCUAUUAGUUCAACAAAUUCUGUAAAUAUGGUACCACAGUUGGAACAAGAUCAAGUCAAAUCCAAUCUAACCCAUUCUGUCCCUGAUAGUAGCGAGUAUACAGAUUUGCUGAAUAAAAUCAAAGCAUUGGAAGCGGAGAAUUUAGAGAAAGAUGCUGAGUUGGACAAAAUCAGGAAAGACCAGGAUGAUUUACUUGAAUUGUUAACAGACCAAGAUACGAAACUGAAUACAUUUAAAAAUAAAUUGCGAGAAUUAGGUCAGACAACCAAUGAUGAAGAUUCUGACAAUAACUCUGCCUAUUCAGAAAAUGAUGAAUAAAUAGUAAUUAUUUUCAGACAUUCAGAGUGUUAUUGAUCUAUAAAACAAUAUAUAAUUCAAACAAAG